AUGCGGUUGUUGGAAAGGAGGAGUAUUUUUUACGCCACCGUACCUGUGACCUAUUCUGUAGACACAUAUUUUAUUGAGACCUGGGAAACAGGGGGCUACGAUCGAGUGAAGAGCGCAUUUAAGGGGAUCAACCUCUUUUCUAGGGACCUGAUUCUGUUCUCCUUACACCUAAGGGACUAUGAGGGAGGUCACUGGGCACUUAUAGCCGUGAAACCAAAACUCAACCUCAUCAGGUCACUCGACUCGUUGGGACAUCCCCGGACUAAAGAGAUGCGAGUGAUCCUCGAGUUUAUGGAAAGGAAUGCAGCAGAAAGGAAAGUACUAUUUGACAGGGACGUUUGGAUAAUAUGUAACACCCCAGACGAGUGCCCCAAACAACUGAACGCUACGGACUGUGGAGCGUUCGUAUGCGCCUACGCUGAACUCUUGUCAGCGGGGGACACGCCGUCGGGGAAAACCGAAAAACCCCCUGAAAACGCGAAAAGACGUAGCUUGGGCGCUUAG